AGUUGUGUGAACAUAUCUAGACAGUUUAAACAAUUUGAAAGAAGAUCACUAGUAACAAAAUGAAAGUAUUCAUUGUAUUAGCCAUGCUCUUAGCAGCAGUCUGCGCUGUACCCCAAUUUGGUUUUGGUAGCCCCUAUGGUGGUGGCGGCUUUGGACGUCCCGGUUUCGGUGGUGGCUACGGUGGCGGUUUUGGCCGUCCUGGAUUUGGUGGCGGCUAUGGUCGUCCAGGAUUCGGUGGUGUUAAUCCCUACUAUGGUGGUGGUGGCGGUUUUGGCCGUCCCGGUUUCGGUGGUCCAGGCUUUGGUGGACCCGGAUUUGGAGGUCCUGGUCUCGGUGGUGUCGGUGGUGGCUCCUCAUCUGCCUCUGCUUCUUCCAGUGCUAGCGCUGCUGGUAAUGGUUUUGGUGGUGCUGGUUCUUCCUCAGCUUCAGCUUCUGCUUCCGCAUCAGCUGCUGGUGGCGGUGGUUUCCGCGGUUAGAAAACUCUCAAUAAUUUUUUGUGUAUACAAGAAAUUAUACAAAACUAUAAAUUUUUGUACCAUUUUUAGUUCUUUUUUGUUAUAGUUUCUUUUAAGUUAUUUUAUGUUUUAUUUUAAGUUUUUUUAAAAAAGAAAAGUCUGAAAAAUAUAAAAAAAUAUUUUAAAAAUAUCUUGAUUUACAUACUUAAAACAACACUUAAUUACUGAAUAAUUUCGUGUUGCAACAAUA